AUGGGCGUCCCCGCGAACAAGCUCCCGUCGCACGCCGACGCCGUCGAGGUCGCGACCGCGUGCGUGGAGACCGCGAACGCGCUGCUCCAGGCGCUGAAGGACGUCCGGAAGGGCGGCCCCGCGGGCGUCGCCGCGACGAGCGCGUCGCGCGAGGCGUCGCGAGCGCUCGCGCGCCUCGCGAAGACGACGCGAUGCAUCCUCGACGACGCCGAGGCGGCGUGGAAGGCGCAGGCGGAGGAAGCGGGCGCGCGCGGGUCGAGAGCGAUCGCCGCGUCGUCGCCCCCGCAGAAGCAGAAGCAGAAGCAGAGGAAAGCGCCGCUGCCCGCGGCGGCGCGCCCCGCGACCGCGCCGGCGACGGCGAGACGCGGAUUAGGCCCGCCGGAGCGCGUCCCGACGCCGCCGUCGCGACGUUCGCCGUCGCCGUCCGUCUUCGGAUCCCUGCGGUCGCCGCCCGUCGAGGCCCCGCUCGGAUCGCUCGCGUCGCCGCUGCCGCCGGGCUUCCGCGUCCCGUCCGGGGACGGGGACGGGGACGGGGACGGGUACGGGGAAGAAGAAGACCUCCGCCCGCGGGGGCUGCGGCCGCCGACGCCGACGGCGGCGGCGGCGAACGCGGUCGCCGUCGCUGUCGCGGCGUCGCCGACCGCGGGGCUCGUCGUCGUCCGACCGGCCUCAGCUUCAGCCGCCGCGAAGACGAAGAGAGCGCCCACCGCGACGUGGGAGAAGCAUCUGUCGAGGCAGCAGCGCGCGGCGGACGAACGCCGAGCGCGCGAGCGAGAGGCGAAGGAAGAAGCCGUCGCGGCGCGUCGCCGCGCCGUCGCCGCGCGGUCGCGACGCCCGGAGAAGUCGCCGCACUUCUGGCAGCCGACCGCGGAGUCGCUCGUCACGGAGACGGUGCGCGUGCGCCGCGCGGGGACGAAGACGGGCGCGGUCGCGAUCAUCCAUCGACGCGCGAUGAACGCGUCGAGGGACGUCGCGAAGAAAGAAUACGCCGCGCUCUUGCGCGCGGCGCGAGAUAAGCUCGGGAUGGGCGUGAAGAUCGCGGCGCUGAUCGACCCGUCCACCGGCGACGCGUUCGACUACGUCGCGGCGUCGCUGAGGUGUUCGAGCAAGGUUGACCUGGACAUGAGCGCGGAUGACAUGACGCCGACGCCGACGACGCGCGCGUUUCCCGCGGGCGUCACCUUCGUCGCGUUGACGUCGAACGAAGUCGCGCGGCGGCGGGAGACGCGCGCCGACGCGCUCGCGCUCGCGCUCGCGCCCCCGCCGGGGUACGGCACGCUCGAAGCCGACGAGGCCGCGCUCGUGAACCGUCUCUCGGAGCCGACGCAGAGCGCGGCGUUGAUCCACGUGUCCAGAGUCGGACGACGUUGGGGCGCGUCGGACGCGUCCGACGCCGACGCCGGCGCCGGGCCGUCCGACGGGCUGUCCGACACGCGCGCCGAGGACGUCGUCUCCGUCGUCAUCCCGCGGUCUGUGGAGCUCUUCGGCGACGUCCUCGCGAGGGUGACGGAGACGUUGAAAGCGCACGAGCUCGCGCAGACGCGAUGCGUCGCGUUGUAUCGCAGCGAACGCGUGGUUCGCGCGGGCGACGAGGAAGACGAGGAAGACGCGCCGAACGAGAUCACGCGCGUGGAGGAGUUGAAGACGGGCGACUUGGUCUUCGCGCGGUGCGUCGGGGACCUCGCGCCCGGGAUGGCGCGCAACAUCUCCGCGGCGCGACGCCAGGCGCGCGCGAUGCACGCCCUGACCGAACCGAUAACGCACAAGACGGAUGCGUUGGUAGAAGUGGACGUCGCGCCGUUGGACGACCCGACCGGGGAGUCGUUCGCGAUGCGUCUGCCCGAGCUCUCGAAGCUGCGGCACCUCACGUUCGAGGACGUGUGCCGCCGCGUGCGCAUCGCGGCGGCGCUCCCGAGCGAGACGCGCGUCCGCGCGCUGUUCAAGUUUAACGGCGAGAAGCUCGCGUCGCCGAGCGAUAUUCGUCCGGGGAUGCGGCUGCUGUACAGCGAGCGGCGAGCGGCGCGGAGUCAAAGCGCGUCGCGGCCGCAGAGCGCGGCGUCGAGCCGGCGGCAAUCGCGUUCGCCGUCGCGGUCGCGAGGGGGCGGCGUGAAAGUCGCGCCGCCGAUUCGGUUAGCGUUAGCGGAGGCGCUCGCCGCCGCGGAGGCGGUCAUGGACGAGCAGAACAACACGGAGGACGGCGCGCCGCCGGCGGCGGCGGCGGAGGAGGAGGAGGAGGCGAACGACGACGACGCGGACGCGGACGGCGUCGUCGUCGAGGACGACGACGACGAUUUGGAGGAGAUCGAAAUCGAGCCGGAGAAGCUGCCCACGCCGGCGAAGCCGCCGUCGGGGCGGCCGCAGACGGCGCCGCGCGGCGGACGGAAGACCGCCGCCGCCGCGACGUCGCCGAAAAAGAACGCGGUCGCGGUCGGGACGCCGCCGCCGCCGGAGGAGGACGUUCCGCUGGACUGGGACCGCGCGCUGCCGCGAUUUAUGCCGUCGCCGACGCCGUCGUCGCCGACGCCGCCGUCGCCGACGCGGGAGAACGUUCUCGUCAGCCCCGGGCGGCUCCGGCCGCUGCGGACGUCGGCGUCCGCGAAGAAGGCGGCGGCGCCGCCGCCGGAACCGGGGUCGCUGCGGAGGAGCGCGACGUCCCCGGGCGGCGGCGGCGGCGGCAGCGGCGGCGGCGCGAAGCUCGAACCUAUUCGCGGCAUCAUGCCUGGGUUUUCGAGCACGAAAUCGCCGAGCCCGUCGCCGGUGCUCUCCCCGGGUAACGCGCGCGGGAUCGAACGCGGCGGGUCGAUGAAGAUUGAGUUCGCGGGCGGUUCGGACGAGGAGAUCUCUGAGGAGAUCGAUUACGACCUCGGCGGGGACUCGAGCAUGUCCGGGUCGCUGCCGUUGCCGUGA